AUGUCUAGCAGCAGUGGGAUGUGCCUUAUGGAAGGACAGGAGCUGGAUGAAAGAAUCAAGGCACUUCCACCCAAUUUUGGUGUCAGGCAUUUCAAGAAAGGCUGGUCAAAGUUGGCCCAGGUAUCUGGUGGGGAGAGAAAGGACAUGGCCAGAAUCCUUCUGGGCUGUAUUAUCAGAAGGGCACCGACAAAGGUCAUAAUAUGCUUUGGAUCAAAGCAUCUAUACCUCACCAACAAGGACGUACUUGUGGAUCUUGGAAUAUGUGAUCACCUCAAUAUUCCCAAGUUUCACUCUAUGGUAUUUUCCGGCUUCGUUGCUGGGCUUGCCUCCAACAUCCAAACCUUCAAUCAAACCACUGAAUGUUUGCAACAAGAAAGCGACAUCCAAAUGCAAGAUGAGCCCUGUAAUGUUAAGCUUCUCCUUGAUGGCAAGAUACAGUUUGGAGCUGCACAUUUCUUCUUCGAAAUUCAGCUAAUUGAAGGCUCACAUCAACGAGUACCUCUGACUCUUAUCUCGCCUCCCAACAGAAACCUUCUUCGACUCUCCACACAAAACCUAUUAUCUGUUCCUCACUGGUCAUACCAUGCUAAGCUGUUGGAGUCAUUGGUACUGCAAGAGUUGUACUUUGGGGCUGAAAGAGAGGUAGAGGUAGAUGUGGGUGUAGGAAGGACUGUCGGCUCUGGCUCGUCACUCUUGGGCCCUGUGGUACUGCCAGGGUCAUACUGA